AUGAGACGUUUGGAUGUGGGGGCGCCGCGAAGUUGUGGGAGUUGGCUUCAGCAGGUUACGGAUGCAAACGUCGCCACCUCGCUGAGGAACAGCAGCCACGUGAGUUUCGCCGAUGACUCCACGGACGCCACUUCCUCCUCUUCGCCCCCGCCCUCUGUCUCCAAGCUGGAGGCCAGAUUCUACUACGCGGGCUUGCUCUCUAGCCCCAUCUUAGUCUACCGUACGAGCACCACGCCCUGGAAACGGCCCACCGGCCCUGAGGCGUACCGCGAGCUAAAGGAGCUCAAGCCAGUCUUCAAUCACGGGAUUGUAAACGUCUGGGGCGUCUUGGGUCCAAAGGUCUGCGACUGUCUCGAUUCCCAGCAGGUCACGUGGACGAGCGUCGACGUCGUGCGCUUCGCCAAAGUCGGGGAGACCCCCGGUCCCGUCGUUCUAUGGAUCGGGGUGAUGCCCCAAUCUCUCUCCGGCGAGGGUGCCCACAUCGCCGCCGUCGGUUGCCUGCAACUCCUCGAGUCGUCCCAGCUUACCGACGUCGGUCCUAAACUUCUCAAAUCCGUCUCCUCCACAAACCCAACCGCCGGAGUUUGCGGUCCUGUCACCCCCGCACUCAGUCUGCCGCUCGCUGCCCGAGCCACCUCGUACGCCGAGGGCACUGGAACUCUCUACAUCUCCAAAAGCCGUGACAGCGAGAAGGUCUACGUUCUCACCGCCCGCCACGUCGUCUUCCCACCAAAUGAAGGGUCUAACGAGCUCUACAGUUGCAAGCGGACCAGCCAGCCUCGUCGCGAAUCCACCAUGGUCAAGAUAGGGGGACACAAGAUCAUGGUUGACUAUUACAAUCAGCAGCUUCAGGACUUGCAAGGUGGCGGCGGCGAGGAGGAGGAGGAGGAGGCGCAAGCGGUGAUCGAAGCCCUUAACCAUUUCCACGACAAGUACUGGAGCGAAGAGAGCCUGCGUGUUAUAGGACACGUCGCCUACUCCCCCCCUAUUACCGUUGGUGCCGGCGCCGAACGUUACACCGAGGAUUGGGCUCUCAUCGAGCUUGACUGCAACAAGAUCGACUGGGACAACUUUAAGGGAAAUGUUGUAGAUCUAGGCACGCACAGAGAUUUCGGUGCACAACUUUACCUCACGGAUAUACCCCAACCCCUCGGCCAACGCCACUUUCAAAUACCCAUCUUGCCGCUUCAGGGCAUCAUCGGGGAAGACGAGCUGCGCCACCCGCAAAUGCUAGGCGCAGACAACGACCCUUGCCUCCUUGUCAUCAAGAGCGGUUGCGCCACCGGCGUGACCACUGGCCGUGCUACCGGCAUCAUGUCCUGUGUGCGCGAGUACUUCGAGAACGGCCCUCACCAGACAUCCAUGGAGUAG